AUGGAGGGCAAGGCCGUCGACAAGAAGAGCAUAUUGGUGGUGGGCGCCACGGGCACGCUAGGGAGGCAGGUGGUGCGCAAGGCGCUGGACGAGGGCUACGACGUUCGGUGCGUCGUGAGGCCGAGGCAGAAUCCGGCGGACUUCCUGAGGGACUGGGGGGCCGCCACGGUGCAGGCGGAUCUGACAAAUCCUGCCAGCAUUCCUCCUGCACUGGUUGGCAUUCAUACCAUUAUCGACUGCGCCACCGCCCGGCCUGAAGAAUCAACCCAAAAAGUCGACUGGGAGGGCAAGGUUGCGCUGAUACAGAGUGCUCAGGCCAUGGGCAUCCAGCGGUAUGUGUUCUGUUCAAUUCACAACUGUGACAAGCACAACGAGGUCCCGCUCAUGAACAUCAAGAACUGCACAGAGAAGUUUCUCAAGGAGAGUGGCGUGGACUACACAAUCUUGAGGUUGUGUGGAUUCAUGCAGGCGAUCAUUGGAAACUAUGCUGUGCCCAUACUGGAGGAGACCCAGGUGUGGGGCACAAACGACACUAUCCGCACAGCCUACCUGGACACCCAGGAUGUGGCGCGCAUGGUGCUCGCCGUGCUGAGGUCGGAGGACGCCGUGAACAAGACGCUCACACUAGCUGGGCCCCAGGCGUACAGCACCCAGGAGGUCAUAAGCCUGUGUGAGAAGCUGGCCAAGGCGGAGGCCAAGGUCACAUCAGUGCCGGUGUGGCUGCUGCGCCUCACGAGGGGCUUCUUGAAGCAGUUUCAAUGGGCGGGGGAUGCAGCAGACAGGCUGGCAUUCGCUGAGGUGCUUUCCAGCAGCGAGAGUUUUGAUGCGCCAAUGGAGGAAACCUACAAGCUGUUGGACAUUGACCCUUCGUCCAUCAACACACUGGAGGCGUACCUGCAAGAGUACUUUGAUCGAAUUUUGGCAAAGCUGAAGGAAGUUGGUGCCAGGAGUCGCCCCAAGUCUUCAACUGACCUGUAUGUAUAG